AGGGAAAUGGCAAAAGGAAAUCAUUCCACUGUGACGAACUUCAUCCUUGCUGGGUUAACUGAGACACCAGAGCUCCAGCUGCCUCUCUUCCUCCUCUUCCUGGCAAUCUACGUGUUCACAGUGGUGGGGAAUCUGGGCAUGAUCAUGCUGAUUGGCCUCAGUUCUCACCUGCACACCCCCAUGUACUAUCUCCUCAGCAGUCUGUCCUUCAUUGACAUGUCCUAUUCCACUGUCAUCACCCCAAAAAUGCUAGUGAACUUUGUGACAGAAAAGAACAUCAUUUCCUUCCCUGAGUGCAUGAUUCAACUCUACUUCUUUCUUUUUUUCGUUAUCUCAGAGUGUCACAUGUUAGCUGCUAUGGCGUAUGACCGCUACGCUGCCAUCUGUAAACCCCUGCUCUACAAUGUUACUAUGUCUUCUCAAGUCCGUUCCUGGAUGAUAGCUGGGGUGUACGGCAUGGGUUUGGUUGGUGCCACAGUUCACACAGUCUGCAUGCUGAGAGUAGAUUUUUGUAAGGCUGAUGUAAUAAAACAUUACUUCUGUGACCUUUUCCCACUACUGGAGCUCUCCUGCUCUAGUACUUUUAUCAAUGAAGUAGUCCUUCUGUGCUUAAGUGCUUUUAAUAUUUUUCUCCCAACACUGACUAUCCUUACUUCCUAUGUCUUCAUCAUAGCCAGCAUCCUCCAGAUUCGUUCUGCUGUGGGCAGGUCCAAAACAUUCAGCACUUGCAGCUCUCACAUCUCAGCAGUAAGUUUCUUCUUUGGUUCUCUGGCAUUUAUGUACCUGCAGCCUGCAUCAAUCAGCUCUGCGCACCAAGGGAAAGUAUCAUCUGUGUUUUAUACCAUUAUUGUCCCAAUGCUUAAUCCCCUAAUAUACAGCCUGAGGAAUAAGGAUGUAAAAAUUGCCUUUGAAAAGUUCUAUGUCAACAGAAGUGUAGUAUUGAAUUAG